GAUUUAAUGUCUGAUCUUCUCAAGGAACUAUUGCUAAAGUGAUCGACGUUGCCUUCCUGCUCUUGACUAGCAAAUCUCGGGUGAUGAGAUAUCCCCAAUACAUCUGUGACGUGCGAAAAUCGCAAGUUGCUCUAAAUGCGUGCCUUGCCUUUGAGAAGGUAUUGGCAGCGAAGCAGAGCAACUAUCAGCCUGUUGUGAAGUGGCUCCGUAAUGAAGCUGAUAGGCUUGCCUCGGGCCAAAAAUACGAGCUUCUGCGAGUUUCAUGAGCUAGGCGAAUAGUAACUUCAGAUGAAAUGGC